CCCUGAACGUCGCAAUAUUUUCACCGGUGCGGACUAAUCAGGAACUCAUCAUUCAUCUCAUUACAAGCAAAAGGCAGCCAUAAUUAACAAGAUUUCAUCGACAAUGAACGUGUCACAUGAGAUAAGCUUGUUGGUGGAAGAGAUCCAGAGACUUGGCAGUAAAAAUGCCAGUGGUCAAACUAGUGUGACGUUUGGAGUCCUCUUCAAUGACGACCGCUGCGCCAACAUCUUUGAGGCGUUGGUGGGGACCCUGAAGGCAGCCAAGAAGAGGAAGGUGAUCGAUUUUCAGAGUGAGCUGCUCCUGCAGGGCGUCCACGACAAUGUGGAAAUCACCCUGCUGCAAGAAUGAGACCGGCGUUAGGAUGGGACGGCCUUGUGGGAGCUGUAGGUCUGACGGAAUCCUUCCAAAUACAGCCUCAGUUUUCUGUCAUCCUCCGUUGAUUACAAGGCUCAGUAUUCCAGUGGAAAUGCAAUAACCAAUCAGAUCAAAACCAACAGUACACUUACAGACCCGGGUGGCAAUUUUACAUGUGAUUUAAUUUCAGUUUGCCAAUUUUUGGUAAUUAACAGUGAGUACUCGCAGUUUAAAACCUCUUUCACUCUUACACUGUGGCCCUGAAGUGUUGCAGACAUUCUCCGGAAGGUGUGCACGUAAGAGUGCAAAUGUUUGCACCAGACGGACUUCAUACCUCCAUUUCUCUAGUAUUAAAACAGAAAACUCUCUGAAUGGCCCUGUGUGUGAAUAAAACUACGCAGAAAUGUCACAGCAGAGCAACUGUGUGUGUUGAUAAUAGCUGCUGCUUCACACUUUGAACACUCUUUUCUACCCUGGGUGUUGCUCUCCAUGUGUUUUCUAUUGCAUACAUGUAUGGCUAUCAACCAUUAUUACAAAUAAGCCAAGCCUCUUUAACAGUUAUUUGCAUCAUAUCCAGUCUUUUGCGCUCUGCACAGAUGCCACUCUGAGCAUCUAGAGUUGUGACAUUUCAUCUGACAUUGUAAAUCAGUUGGGGAUUCAGAUUACAUUGAAAAUAUUUUUUUUAAAUGCUGGUUUUGCCACGUUUUUAACCACAAGUGUUAUUAGGUUUCACUUCUAUGAUGGGGUAUUACUUUGGAAAAAAUGAUUGUAGAUCACAACCAGAUGGCUCUUCUCAACGGCUCCAGCAUCAGAAAGCACAGCAACUUUGACAAACGUCUUGAGAUUUAAAAUUUGAGUUGUUAGAAUUGUUUCCCUUCUUAAUAGGUGCCUGAAGUAAGCUCUUUCUUUAUACUGUUUAGAAACAUUCAGACUAAACGGUUCUGACAGCUCUCUGGGAAAUAUGGAAUAAGUGAUGCCAAAAAAAGGACAGAAUAGAUAUAACACAAAUGUCAUAACAAAGAUAAUGUAAAAAAAUGUCAUUUGUAUUCAUUUAUUUGUCCCUUUUAUGUACAUAUUUUAAUAUCAAUUGUAUGUAAUUCAGCCUUUUUCUUUCUUUUUAAUUAGUUUACUUAGUUUUUAUACUUUUUUUAUUUUUACUUUUAUAUAACUUUUUUUUAAUCUCAAAUUUGAUCAGAAUUUGAUGUUUAUGGACGGUUCAGGUCAAAUAAGAGUAUAUCAAAUAGUUGUAUCACUCUGAUGGUAAAGUGGAUGCUUACUAGCAGACAAUAAACACAAAUAGGAAAAAGCAUGAAAAGAAUAAGGAAAAAAAUCAAGGAAUUACAAAAUAGCUAAAAGCUUUUUACAAAGAAAUAGAAAAAUAAUUUACAUUUAAUUAAAAUAUAUUUCAAAUUUUGACAAAUUAUCAAAUACAGGUGAAAACAAAUGAAAUGCUUCAAAUGACAUCCACAUUUAUUCGUUCUUACAUUGAUUUCUGUUCAUAUUUAAUAUUUUACAAACUUUUUGUAACAUUCCCAUCAUUCCAUAGAGAAACUCCUUAUAGAAGAACAUCCAAUCGUAUCCUUUUUCUCUGGUUGUGUUCACACGUACAUGUGUACCAAAGAGCCAACCCGUAUAAAAUCACAAAAUAAACUUGUCAAUCUAACAAAUCCUCCUCAAAAUGCUCACACGUUUAUCCAUUUACUGUAUACGUAUAUUUUCAAUCAGUUCCCAUACCGUUGCAUUACGGUUGACUUCUUUUUUUCUUGGAAAUCUCCUACUCUGAAUACUUGAAAGAAUUAGCCAAAAUAAGACCUUGUAAAACUGCUCUGUAAGCUUAAAACGGAGCACUUUCUGAGGAUCAGUCACAAAGACGAGGAGGAGUUUUCUCCAAUACUUAGAAGAACUGUAAAACGGUUACUGCAGCCCAAAAGGACAUAAAGAUCCAUCACCUAAAUAUCAGGUAUUCUGAUAAGUAUUACAGAGAAAAAAAGAAGCUGUGGGGACAAAUGUGAGUGUGUGUUUACCAUCAGUGCCACCAAAUGCAUGUUUCAUGGUCUGAGAGACAUCUUUCUAACUCUUGUGGAUCUUACUAAGAAGGUUUUUGUGCUUUUGGAAAUCUCAAAACACUUCCUUAUUAGAGAUAUGAUCUUAAGACAGUUGAGGUGUAAAGACGCAUUCACAUGAAAAAAAACUCAUUUCAAUGUACAAAAGCCAUUUUUAGUUCAUCUUAUAUAAUUUCAUAUAAAAAUUCCACCAAACAAACUCCAAAAAUUGGCUAGCUUGCAGAAAGCUUACAAAUGUAUGUCUUGUGGAUUUUUUAUUCUGUGGAUAUUAAAGUGUUAACAUAUAUAAAUUCUCAGGACCAAAACCAAAAUGUAUCUGAUAACUUUUCUGUGCUUUUGUUUAGUUGCGUUUUCACUCCUUUGUUCAGGCAUUGUAAAUUCUAGGUUAUCUUCAUUUCUCAAUAUCAGAACUUAUCACCUGUAGGCGAUUUGUUUUGUCCGGUGGGAAAACCGUCUCGCCUCCUUCCAUUUAGCAGAGUUUAGUCAGACAGAAAAAGUAUUUGACAACGUUAUCGUUUUAUAACUGAACAGCAAACUGAAACCAGCAACUAAGAAGAAGGGAUGCAGUUUACAUUUAUUAAAGGAGAAAGACUUAUCAGCUGCAUUUCUGUCAUGAUUUGUGUGCAUUUUAAAUCUUUGUGUACAAACAACUAAAUUUUUUUUUUUUUAAUCUCAACAUUUUUAGAAAUUUAAAAAAACUUUUUCUAGAGAUGAAAAUCCUUGGUUUCUAAAGUAAACAUGAACAAGUACAAUGAAAAUGGUCAGCAAAGGUUUAAUCCAAAAUGACAUGUUAGAGCACACAAAGGUGUUUUUAAGAGUUUUGUCAAAAUCACAUCGCUGCAUUUAGUGGUAGAAAAGUCAGGACCAACUGAACUCUGUUCUCCUGUACGUCAUUUUCUUUGACCCUUCUUUAGUCUUUGACUGCUCUUCUCUUCCGGUGUAAUCUUGGAUCUUCUACCUCGAUCCUGUCCAAAGAUUUGGCACCAAAUUGUGCUUUUCGCAAUUUACCAACCCCCAAUAACGGCUUAUCAGUAGUAGACUGAAAUGCAAAAAAUAAAUACGUUUAAGAAAAAAAAAAAAAAAAGGAUUUUGUCAUUGAUCAUUGCUAAAAAAGUCUGGUUAAAACUUGCAAUAAAUUUAGGUGGAAUCUAGUAAAUGACUGUUUUACGUUAUCAUUAGAUGUCACAACUAUUAUUUGUCUUAAUAAAUCUUCCACUAUAUAUAUCCAGAAGUCCACUUUUCCAGUGGGAUUCUCUGUGAUCUCUGACAUAUUUGAGAAAUCUUCAGACCGAGCGGUGGAUUUCAGAGGAACAUGUAUACGCUCCGCUUACACCCAGUUGUAGCUAACACGGUGUGAAAAACCAAUUCCAGUCGUUCGACUACUUGGUCACAUUGUUUUGGCUACACGUGUAGAAUGAUAUAAGAUUAAUCUCCCAUGAUGACAAUGAGCUGGUUUAAACACCAUUUAUAUCAUGAACUUUGGCAUCUCCUGUAAAGACCUGUACUUCCCUGAGCUGACUACCAGGGGCCGUGUACAAUUUCCUUCAAACUGAAGAUAGCAAGUGGAAACAGGAGCUUCAUUUUUAUCUGAUUCGUUUGGAGGUUUUUUUCUUAUUAAAGUGUAUUUUAAAAUUAAAGCCACUUUUUUUUAAAAGCGGUUUCAAAGUUUUGGAGCCGUUCACAUGAUGGACACAGUGCUUAACUUUUCGCCUGAAUGUAAUAUCCGCUACUUGAGAACUGCUCUACUUAUUCGCAUAAUAUCCAGGUUUUCGUGCUUCUUGUUGAAACAUCCCUCGUUUUUUUUACAAUCUAUAAGUUAUUUAUUUCUCAAGGAAGAAAGUUUUCAACUUUUACUUCACCUGUUUCCCCCAAGCUUUUAUAAGACCCACUUCACUGCUGUUAUACCGGCAUUUCUAAAUCUUCAUUCAGGUGUUUCUUGUUUAAGUUCGACUUGAAAUGUUUUGAUUGUGAACAUCUGUGGCAAAAAUGGUGAAAUCAGGAAAAACAGAACCUGGAGAAUCGGUAAAGUUGUGGAAUUAAUACAGAAAUGGACGAAGAAGGAAGAUGCUGCUUUGUGUCACUGUCACAAUUAUCCUGCUGUUGCUCUCAGAUGAAUUUGUGUAAAUGUGUUUUUUUUUUAUUAAUGAUUGCAAAUAAUAAAGACAUUGUCACAAUGGUGCCAAUACUUAAAGCCAUUUCUGUAAACUACUGGGUUGCCUGCCUGAUGUAUUCAAGUGCAUCAUUACUGUCUUUUAUAUUGACAAUAGGACAAUGUUGAAAGACUGCAGGAUUCUUUUACUGUGGAGGAAUAAAAUCUUUACACUGAAA